AUGUCCAUGAUGAUGGCUGCUCCUAAUUUGGUGAGAUGUUACAGUUCAUACAGAAAUGCUGUGAUGAGUGAUGCUUCGAAGUCCAAAUCCAAGUCCAAGUCUAAGACAGAUGGUGAAGCUGGUGUUGUUGUCAUUGGGAGUGGCAUUGGUGGACUUUGUUGCGGAGCACUGCUGGCAAGAUACGAGGAAGAUGUGUUGGUGUUGGAAAGCCAUGACCAACCCGGUGGUGCUGCCCAUUCUUUUGAUAUCAAAGGCUACAAGUUUGAUUCUGGGCCAUCAUUGUUCUCUGGCUUGCAAUCAAGGGGUCCUCAGGCUAAUCCUCUUGCUCAGGUUUUGGAUGCCCUUGGCGAGUCUCUUCCAUGUGCCUCUUACGAUUCCUGGAUGGUUUACAUACCUGAAGGUCAAUUCUUGUCACGCAUAGGCCCGACGGAGUUUUUCAAGGACCUUCAACAGUAUGCAGGUCCAAAUGCUGUACAUGAGUGGCGCAAACUCUUAGAAGCUAUACUUCCAUUAUCUACAGCUGCAAUGGCUCUUCCCCCUCUAUCUAUUCGAGGAGACUGGGGUGUGGUUUCCACUGCUGCAGCUAGAUAUGCUCCCUCUCUCUUAAAUUCUUUUCUUCAAAUGGGACCUAGGAAUGCUCUUGGGGCAACAAAACUUCUCAGACCUUUCUCCGAAAUACUCGAUGAUUUGCAUCUCAAAGACCCUUUCAUACGGAAUUGGAUUGACCUCCUCUCAUUCUUGCUUGCUGGGGUCAAAGCUAACGCUAUACUUUCAGCAGAGAUGGUUUACAUGUUUGCAGAAUGGUACAAACCAGGAUGCAGUCUUGAGUACCCCCUUCAUGGAAGUGCAGCUAUUGUGGAUGCUCUUGUGCGAGGACUAGAGAAAUUUGGUGGAAGAAUUUCUCUCCAAAGUCACGUGGAAAAGAUUGUUGUUGAAAAUGAUAGAGCCAUUGGAGUCAAGCUGAGGAGUGGUCAAUUCGUACGUGCUAAAAAGGCUGUUGUCAGCAAUGCAUCGAUGUGGGACACCUUAAAAUUGCUACCUAAAGAAGUUGUUCCAAAGUCUUAUUCAGAUAGGAUUAAGACGACUCCUCAGUGUGAUUCAUUCAUGCAUCUCCAUUUGGGUUUUGAUGCUGAGGGUAUACGCAGUGAUCUGGGGAUUCAUCAUAUAGUAGUAAAUGAUUGGAAAAGGGGAGUUGAUGCAGACCAGAAUGUUGUGUUGAUAUCAAUACCUAGUGUACUUAGUCCUAAUCUUGCCCCGCUUGGGAAACACGUCUUACAUGCUUAUAUGCCAGGAACUGAACCAUUCGAGUUGUGGGAAGGACUUGAUCGUAGAAGUGCUGAAUACAGAAAUCUGAAAGCUGAAAGAUCAGAGGUAAUGUGGAGAGCUGUGGAGAGAGCAGUGGGGGAAGGUUUCAGCAGAGAGAAAUGUGAAGUGAAGUUGGUUGGAAGUCCACUGACACAUGAAAGGUUUCUUCGGAGGAACAGAGGAACAUACGGGGCAGCUAUGGAAGCUGGCAAAGAUACCUUUCCUGGACAUUCAACUCCAAUCUCACAGCUUUAUUGUUGUGGAGACUCCACCUUUCCUGGCAUUGGAGUCCCUGCAGUUGCUGCCAGUGGUGCAAUUGUGGCUAAUUCAUUAGUCUCAGUAUCUCAACAUUCCAACCUGCUUGACGCGAUUGGCAUAUGA